CUUUGCCCUCAUUAACACCGAUUCAAUCCACUCGCUCCCACCAGCAGCUCCAAUCGGCCGUAUACAACAAGGAACCCUCGCUCUCCGAUAACUACCCGCCAGUCGCAUCCCCACACAACCGCCACAAUGGGCUGGUUCUGGCAGUCAGCUUCUUCCGCUCCCUCAACCACCACCACCACCAUCACCACCCUAACUAUGGCCUCGAACCCCAAACCAGCCCCGAGGUCGCUCGCACUCUCAGAGGUACAGCUCCCCGAGACCAUGUCGUGCCGGGACGCGUUCGACUAUGCGUGGCACUGCCACACGGUGGGGUCGCAGUGGAACGCCAUCUACCGGUACGGGACGAUGCGCAACUGCAGCGACCUGUGGGACGACUUCUGGCUGUGCAUGCGCACACGCACAUACGGCGCCGAGCAGAAGUCGGCCGCCAUCAAGGCGCACUACCGCGAAAAGGAGGAGAAGAAGUACGGCGGCGGUCGCCCCAGCAGCGAGGACGUCUGGCAGAGCCGCCGCGAGCCCGCGCAGCCCGGCGAGGCUUUCCAAGAGAAGUUUGCGCCCCCCGUCCACGACGACGUCGAGUACCAGCUCGCCCAGCUCGAGCGCAGGAGGAAGAUCCGUGAAGAGCUGGGCAUUGCGAGUCGGCCGCAGGACGACAGUGAUAAGGACCAUUAGUUAGACCGUCUUUUUGUUGUUAUUAUUAUCUAAUGUCGAAACUUUUUCCAGCCCUUGAGUCGUUAUUCACGUUGGACUUUCUGAGACGAACAAUGCGUUACUACCUUUCUGCCAGCCCUAAAUAUUUUUUCCUA